AAUUUAACAUCGAAACAAAACGCAUCGAAUAAUUUGAAUUAUUUCCAUCGAAAGCGACUGAAAUUAAUAUAUAUUUCUGCAAUGGAUUGCGGCGGAGUAUUCGUGAAAUAUGUGCUUUUUGUAUUCAACAUACUGUUUGUGAUAUGCGGCAUUUUGCUUAUCACGUUCGGUUCCAUUAUGGUGUCGACCAUAAAGGAGUUCUCGAGCGUGGAUGAGACAUUCACAGCCAACAGCGUGGCCAUCAUCAUCCUGGUCCUCGGCUGCAUCAUCUUUCUGGUGGCCUUCAUGGGCUGCUGCGGUGCCAUUCGCGAGAAUGCCUGUGCUCUGACCUCGUACUCUGUUGUCAUGCUGGUGCUGCUGAUUAGUCAACUGGCCCUUAUAAUCUACGUGUGGGUGGACCAUGUGCAGAUUGAGCAAUCCCUGGAGAAGUUUGUCCAGGCCGUUUGGAAUCAGCGCAAAACUGACGACCUUCUUAUGAACACACUGCAGCGAACCUUCAAGUGCUGUGGUCUUAACGGAUUUGCCGAUUACGGAACUUCUUAUCCCGCCUCCUGCUGCGACGCGCCCACCAACGGAUCCUGCGGAAUAACCCAAGUUAUUGGCCGUCCCAGUUGCCUGAGAGCCGUCGAUUCGUUCUGGGACACCAACGCGAAUAUCAUCAAGUACGCUGGUCUGGGUGUGACCGCUGUUGAGCUUGUGGCCUUUAUCUUCGCUUGUUGCUUGGCCAACCAGACGCGCAACUCCCAGAGACGCCAGAACUACUAAGAGUUUAAGCAUCUUUAAUAUAGUACUAAGAUUAUCUCCGGAACUAUUAAAUGACAGAGUAAAUGUAUUAAUAAAGAAAACAAAUUAAAUAUUUUAUUCAAAGUCCCCCUGUGGAGCAUGUACAUGUAUAUGUUGUAAAACAACGAAGUUGUGUCAAUUUGACAAAGGCGUGCCAAAUUUUUAAAAAAUAAAAACAACAUUUUUGAAAAA